UUUUUUGCCUUGAUGUAGCAUUGACUUUAAGAUAAGAACGAUUGAGUUUGAUGGCAAACGUAUCAAGCUUCAGGUUUGGGACACAGCUGGUCAAGAACGGUUUCAGACUAUCACCACUGCCUCUUACAGGUGCUAUUAUCUUCUUGUAAAGGGAACGUAUUUGUGUAAUGCUACUUGAAUUUAUUUAUGAAGAAGGAGAAAGACGAAGCAGCGACGGAAGGGACGGAUUGAGGCUUGUCGGAGAUGUGAGAGAAGAAGCUUGCUCUAUUUUGUUCUUCAUCUCUUUCCCUUUUUCUCGAGUGAAGAAGAAGAUAUUGGAUCAGAUCAUUUACAGGCCAGAUGAUGAGAUGAGAAAUCUAUCAAUCUUGGUCUCAGCUGCACUUUAUGGACGCAAACAUGGAACGUUUAGGCGACAUAGUUUUAGGGUUGGGAGCAAAUGUUGUUACUCUUCUUCUGAUUCUCAUACUCACAACAAUGAAAAGGAAUGAUAUGUGUAACAGAAGGAAAAGCUACAUUGAGAAGUGUGUGUUGUAUGUAAUACCUGCACUUGGAGCAUGUUUGUCAUGUGUGGACUUGGUUGUGCUUGUGAGAACAAACCGUAGGAGAGAAGUCAUUCUUUGUUUUCUCUCUUUGUCUCGUUUCACAAUGUGGAUUUUUGUCAUGGUCUCAUCAAAGUUUGCUUGUGCUUGCUGCGUUUUCACUAGCCGGUUUCUAUGUUUCUGGUGGAUCUUUAGAUUCAUAACCGAAGCUCUUCAUCUUAACAUGGUUUUCACUUUACAGGAGAUUUGUCUGGUCAUGUUGGACAUUGGUUUUGGUUUCUCUAUUAAUGUUCUUAGGAUCAAGAAAACACCUGUUAAGAUCAGUUCUUUGGAAGAUCCACUUAUUGAGGAAUGCGAUGAUCAAAGGCGAACUGAGGAAACUAAAAGCUGGUGGGAUUUGUUCACUUUUGGAUACAUCGGUUCAAUAAUGAAACAUGGCUCGAUGAAGCAGCUAGAAUUUGAAAAUCUACUUCCACUUCCACCUGAUAUGGAUCCUUUUACAUGUUGUGAGAAUUUAUUGAGAUGCUGGCAACUUCAAGAGUGCAGUAACUCCUCAAAUCCAUCGCUAAUAUGGUCAAUUUCUAGUGUAUAUGGAUGGCCUUAUCUUCGCCUUGGACUGUUGAAGGGGUUCAAUGAUUGCAUUGGCUUUGCAGGCCCCUUAUUUCUCAACAGACUUAUCAAGUAUCUAGAAAAAGGUUCAGGAAGUUCUGUUGGCUAUACCCUCGCUAUCUCCUUGGGCCUUACAUCUAUCUUUAAGUCCUUUCUUGAUACACAAUACACGUUUCGUCUUUCAAAGCUGAAACUGAAGUUACGAUCUAGUAUAAUGAGUGUCAUCUAUAAGAAGUGUUUAUUGGUGAAUACAGCAAACCGGUCAGGAUUUUCUGAGGGCGAGAUUCAAACAUUUAUGUCGGUAGAUGCUGACCGCAUUGUUAACUUGUGCAACAGUUUGCAUGACAUGUGGAGCCUGCCUUUGCAAAUUGGGGUAGCUUUGUAUUUUUUGUAUACUCAAGUCAAGUUUGCUUUUCUUUCUGGACUUGCAAUCACAAUCUUGUUGAUACCAGUCAAUAAAUGGAUAUCUGUUCUAAUUGCAUCUGCAACUGAGAAAAUGAUGAAGCUUAAAGAUGAGAGGAUUAGAAAAACAGGAGAGCUUCUAACAAACAUACGCACACUAAAAAUGUAUGGGUGGGAUAACUGGUUUGCUACAUGGUUGAAGGAGACAAGAGCCAACGAAGUGACUCACUUAGCGACUCGGAAGUAUUUGGAUGCUUGGUGUGUUUUCUUUUGGGCAACAACACCAACUCUUUUCUCUCUUUGCACUUUUGGUCUCUAUGCUCUUAUGGGUCAUCAACUUGAUGCAGCAACGGUUUUUACUUGUCUUGCUCUGUUUAAUAGCUUAAUCUCUCCAUUAAACUCAUUUCCAUGGGUCAUUAAUGGCCUCAUUGAUGCAUUUAUAUCCACCAGGCGUGUGAGCAAGUUCUUGUGUUGUUUGGAGCAUAAAAAAGAUUCUUCAAUAGAUUCUGGUUUGGCCUCUGAAGACUUAGCUGUGUUUGUGGAAGAUGCAUCUUGUACUUGGUCAAGUAACAUAGAAGAGGAUUAUAACUUGACAAUAAAAAAUGUAAGCCUAAGAGUGCCAAAGGGAUCCUUCGUUGCAGUUAUCGGUGAGGUUGGUUCAGGUAAAACCUCUUUGUUGAAUUCACUACUAGGCGAAAUGCGGUGUGUUCGUGGAUCAAUUCUAUUAAAUGGGUCUGUAGCAUAUGUACCACAGGUCCCAUGGAUUUUAUCUGGAACACUACGCGAAAAUAUUUUAUUUGGGAAGCUUUUUGACUCCAAAAGGUAUUUUGACACAUUGAGUGCUUGUGCACUAGAUGUGGAUAUUUCACAUAUGGUCGGAGGUGACAUGGCAUGUAUAGGAGAUAAAGGAGUAAACUUAUCUGGAGGGCAGAGAGCUCGGCUUGCUUUGGCCAGGGCUGUUUAUCAUAGUUCAGACAUGUAUCUUCUUGAUGAUGUAUUGAGUGCAGUGGAUUCACAAGUAGGCUGUUGGAUAUUGCAAAGAGCACUUCUUGGUCCUCUGUUGAACAAAAAGACUCGCGUUAUGUGCACUCACAACUCUCAGGCGAUAUCUUGUGCAGAUAUUGUUGUUGUGAUGGACAAAGGCAAAGUGAAAUGGUCAGGACCUGUUAUCAAUAUUCCUAAAUCCAUAUAUCCGACGGUUUCUUUAACCAAUGACUUUGAUAUGUCAUCACCAAAUCACUUUACAAAACGAAAAGAACCUCUUUCUACCAAGAAAGAAGAUGUUGAUGAAAUUAGUGAAGCUGCAGAUAUUAUCAAAUUAGAAGAAAGAAAAGAAGGCCGAGUUGAAGUAAUGGUUUAUCGGAACUAUGCUGUGUUUUCUGGUUGGUUUAUUACAAUUGUAAUACUGGUCUCAGCGGUUUUGAUGCAAGCUUCUCGUAACGGGAAUGAUUUGUGGUUAUCAUAUUGGGUUGACAAGACAGGAAGAGGAGUAUCACAUUACUCAACCUCGUUUUAUUUGAUGGUUCUUUGUAUCUUUUGCAUUAUCAACUCUAUACUAACCUUGGUGAGAGCAUUCUCGUUUGCAUUUGGAGGAUUAAAAGCAGCAGCGCGUGUUCAUAAUGCAUUAAUCAGUAACCUUAUAAAUGCACCUAUACAGUUCUUUGAUCAGACACCAAGUGGAAGAAUACUUAACAGGUUUUCCUCUGAUCUAUAUACAAUCGAUGACUCUCUUCCGUUUAUUCUCAACAUUCUUCUAGCAAACUUUGUUGGCUUGUUGGGGAUUAUUGUAGUAUUGUCUUAUGUUCAGGUUCUGUUCCUGCUUCUGCUUCUACCAUUUUGGUAUAUAUACAGCAAGCUUCAGUUCUUCUACAGGUCAACAUCAAGGGAACUACGAAGGUUGGACAGUGUUUCACGAUCACCAAUCUACGCGUCUUUCACUGAGACACUUGAUGGAUCAUCAACUAUCAGGGCUUUUAAGUCUGAGGACCAUUUCGUCGCUAGAUUUAUCGAGCACUUGACGGUAUACCAGCGGACUUCUUACUCAGAGAUAAUUGCAAGCUUGUGGCUCUCUUUGCGUCUUCAGUUGUUAGGAGCAAUGAUUGUUUUCUUUGUCGCCGUAAUGGCUGUUAUCGGCUCCCGGGGAAACUUUCCAAUCAGUUUUGGUACACCUGGAUUGGUGGGAUUAGCGCUGUCAUAUGCAGCUCCACUGGUUUCUCUCUUAGGAAGUUUCUUAACAAGUUUUACUGAAACAGAAAAGGAAAUGGUUUCUAUUGAAAGAGUUCUCCAGUACAUGGACGUGCCUCAAGAAGAAGUCUCCGGUCGCCAAUCUCUCAGCGGUAAGUGGCCGGUUCAAGGAGUGGUUGAGUUUCACAAUGUGACAAUGAGAUACAUCCCAACUCUGCCUCCAGCACUCAAUAAUAUCUCUUUUAUAGUCCAAGGAGGAAUGCAGGUUGGUGUAAUUGGAAGAACUGGAGCUGGAAAAUCGUCGAUUUUGAACGCCCUUUUCCGGCUUACUCCAGUUUGUAAUGGAGAGAUAAUGGUGGAUGGAAUUAACAUUAACCAUCUUCCGGUUAGAGAGCUUCGUUCUCGCCUAGCUGUUGUACCUCAAAGUCCUUUUCUGUUUCAAGGAUCACUGAGGAAUAACCUUGAUCCUCUUGGAUCCAAUGAGGAUUGGAGAAUCUGGGAGAUCCUAGAGAAGUGUAAAGUCAAGGCAGAGGUAGAAAAAGCAGGAGGGCUAGACUCAAAUCUAAAGGAAUCUGGAUGUUCCUUUUCUGUUGGGCAGAGACAGCUUCUAUGCCUUGCCCGUGCUUUACUCAAGUCAUCAAAGAUCUUAUGCCUUGAUGAAUGCACUGCUAAUGUUGAUGUUCACACAGCUUCCUUACUGCAAAGCACAAUAUCGAGCGAAUGCAAAGGCGUAACUGUCAUUACCAUUGCACAUCGCAUUUCAACGGUUCGUGAUUUGGAUAGCAUACUUGUUCUUGAUCGCGGAAUCCUGGUUGAACAAGGAAAACCGAAACAUCUGUUGCAAGAUGAUUCCUCAGCUUUCUCAAGCUUUGUUAGAGCUUCAAAGUGAUAUGUUGUUAGAAUUUGUUACUUCUUAUAUUUGCUAUGUAUGUGUUCACGAUUUGAUGAUCCAACAACUAUAGUCGUUUAAAAGAAAAUUUAACAAAACUAGUUUUAGCUUUAGUAGCUUUAGAAGCCUUGUUUAAGUGUCAUUUGGUGUAUUGAACUGCAUAUUUUAAGGAGAUUUUAAAGUACUCUUAAAAUUCCCUGUUAUUCAA